UCAGAGGCAGGAAAUGCUUCGCAGGCAAUCUGGGCCUGGUUGUGGAGGCCCCUUUUGCAAAACAUCAGUCUGAAUUUACUAGACAGAAGUCACUAGGAACGCCUUGACAGACUCCGGCUUCGGCUAAGGCUCCCUCCAGCUGCGGAGGCUGUUUUUGUUAGAAUCACACACUGCGCAGAACCGCUUAGAAUAGAGCCAUGAUCUCAACCACGAAAUGUGAACUUAUAUUUUGGAGAAAGUAACGGAGACGGACUCCUCUCCUAGGCUGAGUGUUGAAGCAUGUCAUGCCUCGGCGUUUCAGCUCCUCCUCGUCGAGGUGGUGAAAUGACAAAACUUCCUCUCUUCUUCAAUCAGUGAAUUUGAAGUAAUCUUUCAUCAAGUCUCGUCUCCUUUAGUCUCAUACGGAAUGUAUCUCUCUGUCUGUUGUUAAACUACGAUGACAUGUCUGUAGCUAUCAGAAAGAGAAGCUGGGAAGAACAUGUGACCCAAUGGAUGGGACAGCCUUUUAGUUCUGAUGAUUGUAACACAGCAUGUCAUCAUGGACUAGUAGCUGACAGCUUGCAGGCAAGUAUGGAAAAAGAUGCAACUCUAAAUGUGGACCGCAAAGAGAGGUGUGUUUCACUCCCAGACUGCUGUCACGGCUCAGACCUGAGAGAGAUUCCUGGGAGGCCAAUGGGUCACAUUUCAAAGGAGGUGGAUGAAGAUGACAGCCAUGAAGGUGAAGAUCAGUUCCUUUCUCUGGAGGCCAGCACAGAAACACUCGUGCAUGUUUCUGAUGAGGACACCGAUUCGGAUCUGUAUCUCACAGAUGGUAAACAGAUUCCAACUACUCAAGGGCCUGAAACAUCAGACCAACAUAGCGUCAAAGGAGCAGGCUCCGUAGUAAAGACGCUACCCAUUGUGGAAAGUAACCAAGAUUCUUAUGACUCCUGGGGAAUGGCUGGUGGAGUUGAUUUAGGGCUGGUUGAGGAAAAGGGGGACAGGAAAGUUGUUGACGUGGUGAGUAAAAGCCUGGAGCUUUGUAAGGAGAUAAGCCUAAGUGAAAUAAAGGAUCGGUCCAAAACGAAUGUUUGCCGUUCUUUGAAUGUGAAAGAUAUUGUGCCAGAAAAGCAGUUGCUUCAUUCUGCUGUAAUUGCUCAACAUCGAAGGAAACCUGACGUCCCUAAAGAUGAACAUGAAAGCAACACCUGCAGUGCAGCACAAGAUAAGUUAUUGGCUACUCCUCGUAUGGACAGAGGAUUGCCAUUAUUAAAAACAGAUCCUGGAAGCUGCCUUCUGCAGCCUCCUUCCUGCCCUAGUGGAAUGUCAGCUGAAAAUGGCCUGGAGAUGAGUGGUUUCUCAGAACAUCAAAACAAAAGUCUUCCAAAGUUCAACUCAGGAGAUGGCAUGCAGUGUUUACACUUCAAGGAGACUCUGGCCACCCAGGAACCCACAGAUAACCAAGUCAGACUUCGUAAAAGAAAGGAAAUAAGAGAAGAUCGAGAUAGGGCACGACUAGACUCGAUGGUGCUGCUGAUCAUGAAGCUGGACCAGCUCGAUCAGGACAUUGAGAAUGCCCUCAGCUCCAGCUCCUCUCCGUCCAGCACACCAACCAGCCUGCGGCGGCAAGUCCCUGAUCUGGAAUCAGGACCUGAGAGUGGAACAGAUACCACUUCGAUAAAUCAGACACAAAUAAAUUUGCCUGCUAACACUGAGUCCACUGACCCACAGUCUUCCACCCCAGUGGCCAAUUCUGGAACCAAACCCAAGUCUAUGGGAAUUCCAGGUCUCUCAGAGAAGGAAAAGGCUGAAAUUGAAGCCAAAGAAGCUUGUGAUUGGCUCCGAGCCGCAGGAUUCCCGCAGUAUGCCCAGCUUUAUGAAGAUCUUCUGUUCCCCAUUGAUAUUUCCUCAGUCAAGAGAGAGCAUGAUUUUUUGGACAGAGAUGCUAUUGAGGCUUUAUGCAGGCGUCUAAAUACUUUAAAUAAAUGUGCGGUGAUGAAGCUGGAAAUCAGUCCUCAUCGGAAAAGAAGCGAAGAUUCCGACGAGGACGAGCCUUGUGCAAUAAGUGGCAAAUGGACUUUCCAGAGGGACAGCAAGAGGUGGUCCCGGCUUGAAGAGUUCGACGUCUUUUCUCCAAAGCAGGACCCCAUCCCUGGGUCCCCGGACACUGUCCACCUGAAGAGUGCCCCGAGCCAUGAAAACAUGCUGACGGACCUCAGCGAUCACCAGGAGGUGGCUUCUGUCCACAGCACAGGCAGCCUCACCACCCAUGCACCCCAGCGCGGGGAGGCGACCCCAGCCCGGACUAACUCCGUCCUCAGCGUCUGCUCCUCCGGCACCUUUGUAGGCAACGAUGACUCCUUCUGCAGCCUGCCCUCUCCCAAGGAACUGUCCAGCUUCAGCUUCAGCAUGAAGGGCCAUGAGAAGACUGCCAAGUCCAAGACGCACAGCCUGCUGAAGCGCAUGGAGAGCUUAAAGCUCAAGGGCUCCCACCACAGCAAGCACAAGGCGCCUUCCAAGCUGGGUCUGAUCAUCAGCGGGCCCAUCCUACAGGAGGGGGUAGACGAGGAGAAACUGAAGCAGCUGAACUGCGUGGAGAUCUCCGCUCUCAACGGCAACCACAUCAACGUCCCCAUGGUACGGAAGAGGAGCAUAUCCAGCUCCACGCAGACCAGCAGCAGCAGCAGCCAGUCUGAGACCAGCAGCAACGUGAGCACGCCCAGUCCCGUCACCAGGACCCGGAGCCUCAGUGCCUGCAACAAGCGGGGAGGCAUGUACUUGGAGGGCUUCGAUCCCUUCAAUCAGUCCACGUUCAACAACAUCAUGGAGCAGAACUGUAAAAACCGGGAGAGCUACCCAGAGGACACAGUGUUCUAUAUCCCAGAAGAUCACAAGCCCGGCACCUUCCCGAAAGCCCUUUCCAAUGGCAGUUUCUCUCCCUCAGGGAAUAACAGCUCUGUGAACUGGAGGACCGGGAGCUUCCACGGCCCCGGCCACAUCAGCCUGAGGAGAGAAAACAGCAGCCCCAAGGAACUUAAGAGGCGUAACUCCUCAAGCUCUGUGAGCAGCCGCCUGAGUAUCUACGACAACGUGCCGGGCUCCAUCCUCUAUUCCAGUUCGGGUGACCUGGCCGAUCUGGAGAACGAGGACAUCUUCCCUGAGCUGGACGACAUUCUCUACCACGUGAAGGGGAUGCAGAGGAUAGUCAACCAGUGGUCGGAGAAGUUUUCCGAUGAGGGAGACUCCGACUCGGCCUUGGACUCGGUCUCACCAUGCCCGUCCUCUCCCAAGCAGAUACACCUGGAUGUGGACAAUGACCGAGCCACCCCCAGUGACCUGGACAGCACAGGCAACUCACUGAAUGAACCUGAGGAGCCCUCUGACAUCCCGGAAAGGAGGGAUUCUGGGGUCGGGGCCUCCCUGACCAGGUCCAACAGGCACAGGCUAAGAUGGCACAGCUUCCAGAGCUCUCAUCGGCCAAGCCUAAACUCCGUGUCACUGCAGAUUAACUGCCAGUCUGUGGCCCAGAUGAACCUGCUGCAGAAGUACUCCCUCUUGAAGUUAACUGCCCUGCUGGAGAAAUACACGCCUUCUAAUAAGCAUGGCUUUAGCUGGGCUGUGCCCAAGUUCAUGAAAAGGAUCAAGGUUCCAGACUACAAGGACCGGAAUGUAUUUGGGGUCCCUCUGACAGUCAACGUUCAGCGCACAGGACAGCCCCUCCCCCAGAGCAUCCAGCAGGCCAUGCGCUACCUCCGCAACCAUUGUUUGGAUCAGGUUGGCCUCUUCAGAAAAUCGGGUGUCAAAUCCCGGAUUCAGGCUCUGCGCCAGAUGAAUGAAAGCACCAUAGAUUGUGUCAACUAUGAGGGACAGUCUGCUUAUGAUGUGGCAGACAUGUUGAAGCAGUAUUUUCGAGAUCUGCCUGAGCCACUGAUGACAAACAAACUCUCAGAAACCUUUCUGCAGAUAUACCAAUAUGUGCCCAAGGACCAGCGUCUCCAGGCGAUCAAGGCCGCCAUCAUGCUCCUGCCCGACGAGAACCGAGAGGUCCUACAAACGCUCCUUUACUUCCUAAGCGAUGUCACUGCAGCCGUCAAGGAGAACCAGAUGACCCCCACCAACCUGGCCGUGUGCUUGGCGCCUUCUCUCUUCCACCUCAACACUCUGAAGAGAGAGAACUCCUCCCCAAGGGUAAUGCAAAGAAAACAGAGUUUGGGCAAACCAGAUCAGAAAGAUCUGAAUGAGAAUCUCGCUGCCACUCAAGGGCUAGCCCAUAUGAUUGCUGAGUGCAAGAAGCUUUUCCAGGUUCCUGAGGAAAUGAGCCGAUGUCGAAAUUCCUACACCGAACAGGAGCUAAAGCCCCUUACCCUCGAAGCGUUAGGACGCCUUUGUAAUGAUGACUCAGCCGACUACCAACACUUCCUCCAAGACUGUGUGGACAGCCUGUUUAAAGAGGUCAAGGAGAAGUUCAAAGGCUGGGUCAGCUACUCCACAUCUGAGCAGGCUGAGCUCUCCUAUAAGAAGGUGAGUGAAGGACCGCCUCUGAGGCUUUGGAGGGCAACCAUCGAAGUCCCUGCAACACCCGAGGAUAUCUUAAAGCGCCUCCUGAAAGAGCAGCACCUCUGGGAUGUAGACUUGUUGGAUUCAAAAGUGAUUGAAAUCCUGGACAGCCAGACUGAAAUUUACCAGUAUGUCCAAAACAGUAUGGCGCCCCAUCCUGCUCGGGACUAUGUCGUUCUGAGAACAUGGAGGACUAAUUUGCCCAAGGGAGCCUGUGCCCUUUUACUCACCUCGGUGGAUCAUGACCGGGCCCCUGUAGUGGGAGUGAGGGUCAAUGUGCUCCUGGCCAGAUAUCUGAUCGAACCCUGUGGGUCAGGGAAAUCCAAACUCACCUACAUGUGCAGAGCAGACUUAAGGGGCCACAUGCCAGAGUGGUACACGAAAUCGUUUGGACAUUUGUGUGCAGCUGAAGUGGUAAAGAUCCGAGACUCCUUCAGUCAUCAGAACACUGAAACCAAAGACACCAAAUCUAGGUGAUUCCUGAAGCGUGUCCACUGUCUGGGCGUUUGUUUCUAGAACACUUGCCAGUUCUUGGAAGAUUGGAUUCAGUGUCUGAUCCUGAAACGAAACUACAAAUUGGAGAGUGGGAAUUGACUAUAGCGAUUUGAUACCUUUUUAAAGCUGCUUCCUGUUUGUGUAAGGUCUAUAUUAUGGACCUUGACUGGAAUAUAUGACUGUGCAAAAAAAAAAAAAAAAUUCUUGUUUGAAUUGCUUCUGAGAAGCAAAACUCUAACUGCAUUAGGGAAGAUAAUGAAGAGACUUCAUUUUCUUGCAAUGUCACUGUCUGUGUACGUGUACCUGUCGUUUUCUUUGCAGUGUGUGGAGGGAUGGGUGUAUCCACUGGAAUAGGUGGUCCUCUUUGACAUGUUUUCUCACUGAGAAGAGCAAAGAAAGGUUUGCACAGAGGAGUGUGUGUAUGUGUGUUUGUUGCUGGUUGAAUGGCAGAGAUGUGUAAGUUGGGCCGCAGUGUCUGGCACACUGAGACACCUCCAAGAAGGAUUUUGAUGCACCAGGUUCAGUUUAACCUGGAAUAUCUGACUACCCAAGGAAUCGUCCAGAAAGGGAACCCAUUUAUUUUAUUUUGGGGUGUUGGACAACCCACCCAUGUCUUUUUUUCUUUUCUUUUCUGAAUUAGUAGACAUCUUUUCCACCAACCUCUUCUUUACCUUAAAAGUGAUUGUAAUUUACUCAGAUAGCCCCUUUCUAACGCAGUUUGCCUCUAAAUCUGAUUGCAAGGAGCAAAGUUGUUUUUAUCCAGUACAGGUGAAUUCAGGGAUGGAAAUUCUUCCUUGCUAGCACCAAAGCAGUUUUGUUUUGUUUUUGGUUUUUAAGUUGAGAUGUGAAAACUGACCACUCUGUCUGCUUCUGAAUCAAGUAUCAACACUUUCUAUGUAUCUGCAAAGUCUUUGCAUAUCUGUGUUAGGAGAAACUCUUAAAGGCACUAUGUAUGGGAACACAGGAAAACUAUGUCCCAAGGAACUCUUUGCAAAUGUAACCCAACCAAAAAGUUGCUUGUUGUCAUUAUGGUUAUUAGCAGCAUUUUUUUAAAGCUGCAUAUGUUUAUUAAUUGGAUUUGUCCUUAUCAGCAAAGAGGGUUUGUUUUGUUUUUCCUAUGUUUCUUUUUCUUCUCUUUUCUGAAGCCCUUGGGAUAGAUUUUAGUAGUAAUGGAAAGUUCUAAUCACAGUAAAAACAAAUAAAAAUACACUAGUGCAGGGUUUUGGAAGGGUGGUCUUUAUACAGGUUUUACUGUAAUAGUAAAGGUUGGCUCAAAAGACAGUAUUAGUGAAAUUUAUUUUAUAUGGAUCAAAAGUGAAUAAUGUAUGAAUGAGAGUUGUAAGAAGGAUUUUAAUUUUGUUAUAAUUUAGUUACCAUUGUCAGUGUUAUUUCAAAGGUUCUUUGAAGAAUUAAGGGGCGGGGGACAGAUCAGAGUUUAAUUUGAGUAUUUUGGAUAUUAGUGUUCCUCAUGAAGAUAUACUUGUAUAUUCAAUUUUAAUGGCCUUCAGAUUUGUAAGAUUGUAUGUUGUAUAUACCAUUCUAUUAAGAAAUAUGUACACCUACCUGUCCACUGUGCUUUCCAACAUAGAUAAAGCAUGAUAAAAAUUAUUAUUUAAAAUAUACUUGUAUUUAUACCUCAGAUAUUCUUUUGGAUUUUGUACCUCAAGGCUUUUUGGUUUGUUUUUUGUUUUUUUGCUAAUGUAAAUACACUUUACAUGAAUACAGUCUAAGUGAAAAAAAGUAAAUAAAAGAAGAGGUUUAUAACUUGCUCUAUAUCUGUACAGAAUAUAAUCAAUAAGUGCACUAUUAAAUGUUUAAAGUAAGGGAAACGUCUGGCCUGCUUUCCAUUGUAUUGCAUCUCUCUACCACCCUUCAGACCACAGAUGGCAAGGCUUACCAUCCUAGCAUCAACUGAAAUGAAAAUAUAGAUUUGCUUCAGGAAAAAAUCAGACUGCAAAUCAUUCCAAGGCCAAACUGCAACUGAGCCACUCACUCACAAACAGGAAACCCUGGUGAAGGUUCAGGAAGCACUGAGAUGCUCUCCAAACAAAGGUCACGAGGAAACGAUGCUGAGAAAGUUACAAGAAUAAGCAACAGCAACUGAAAGAUGCUCAUAAGCAAAGCCAAGGUCAUGGAUUCGUUCCAUAAAAGGUCUCUUUCCCACUGUUCGCUUUCCUGUUCAAAGGAUUCCUUACAUAUUUGACCGGAGGAGAAUGUGAAGGAUAUGAACAUUUUCAAGAAGUCCGCUUUAAACCACCUACAGUAAUAUUGCCCCAACUUACUAAUUGUGACUAAAUGCCUAGGUUGUAAGCUCUCUGAGAGCAGGGCUCUUCUAUAUGUCUUUAUAAUCUCCUGCAGCAGCUUUCAGUGUUUUGUACUUGUAGGCACCUAAUAAAUUUAUUAUUUGCCAAAUGGAA